UUGCACCUGAUUUUGUUCAAAUUGAGGAUGAAACUUAUCUUCUAGAUCAAGAUGAUGAUAAAGUUUUCCACAAAACUUAGUGAGGAGACAGCUCCAUCAUCACAAAAAAGUGAUCAGUCAACCAAAAUGAAAACAAGAUACAAAAUGGUUGCAAGGAAAAACAAAAACAAAAGCCUUGUUGUUGUGCCAAGUGGUAGAAUUACAAGGAGCCAAGAUGUUCUGUUAGAUGAAUCUGAAAAGGGAAGCCUGAAGAAGGAUGUUGAACCUGCUAAAGAAACCGCAAAAAUAGGACAGAAGAGAAGAAUGUCUACAAGGAAUUUUCCUAUUCAAAAGGAAGCUGAUGCACCACCUCCAGCACCUACUCCAAUAAAAAAAAUGGCAGGUGCUCCUGCUGAAUAUCCUCCAGACCAAGGCAAAAAGGGUGGGAAAAAGAAAACUCUAGAAGAAGUGAAGAAAACUUCUAAGGUUGCUGGCAAAAGAAAAGCAGAUGUCAGUCCUGCCAAGAGAAAUGCUGGAAAGAGAAAAAAAAUACAAGAAGUACCAUCAGAUGAACCCUCUCAAGAUCCUACUGAUGAAAGUUCUACUGACAGUGAUGAUGAUAGUGAAGAGUCAGUUUAUAGAGCAGAAGAAGAGCCUGUCAGUGAGGAUGAUUAUGAGGUGGAGGAAGAGGAGGAAGAGGAUGAAGUAAAGCCAAGGAAGAAACAGGCAAAGAAAGGGAAUUCAGUGAAGGCAAAGGUUGAAAAGGAGGAGCAAAAGAUGGUACUGUAUGAUGAAGGAAAGAUUGAAGGUAGGAGAAAAAAGAAAAUGAAAACUGAAAUGGUUCAAGCAAUAGAAACUGAUGAAGUUGAGGAAAUUCAGGAAGAUGAAUUUGAGGAAGAGAAAUCUUCAAAGAGAGGAGGACAUGUGAAGUUCAUUGCAUGGAUAAAAAAGAUGACACCUACCCAAAAACAACAAGUUGUUGAUAUAGGGUUAGGAUCACUUCUUGACAUUAGUUUACCUCAACUUGAUCAAAAGUUCUGUAACUGGUUAUUGGGAAGUUUUGAAGAAAAUAGCCAGUGUUUUGAACUACCAAAGAAUGAAAAAAUAGAAAUUGAGGUAGAGGAUGUUAGGGUAGUUUAUGGCUUGCCUACAGGAGAAAUUCCAAUUGUUGAGCCAAAGUCUGAUAAAAUUAGUGAGGAGUAUGCAGAAUUUCUGAAGAAAUGGAGAAAAUCAUGGUCAGGAAAAACUCCAUCAGUGAGUCAGAUUGUGAAUGGAUACAUAAAUGAUAAAUUCACCAACAACAGACCACCAAGUGAACAUUUCAUUACUAACUUUUUAGCAGUGGCUGUGAACUGCUUGAUGAAAUGUGUAUCAAACAAUCAAUGCCAUUUCAAAUUUCUUUAUUCUAUGAUGGACAAAGAAAACAUAAAAAAUUUGAACUGGUGUCAGUUUGUAUAUGACUCACUUAUCAAAUGUCAUGUUGAUUGGAGAAAGCAGCAAGGCAAGGGGUUCUACAAAGGCCCUCUUCAAUUUCUGAUGUUGUUCUAUUUUGAUAGAGUUCAGAGGUUAGACAAAAGGCCUCCAAGAAAAAUUCCUAUCAUAUCUGCAUGGAAUAGAGACAUGGUUCUUGAGAGGUUGAAGAUUGAAUUAGAAUUGGGAUUUGGGAGAGGGAAAAUUCUACCAAGGAUUGCUGCAGAAGUUGAAGAAAGUCCUAAGGUUUUUAUGGAUGAUUUUGUUUCCCUGGUAAAAAACAACUUGUUCAAACCUGUCAAAGCUUUCUUCAAAAUUGGUGAAGGCAAAGGAUAUCUUCCCUGGAAAUGACUUGGUGAAAAAAGUUGAUGAAGUUUUAGGAAAGGUGGUAGCUAGGGA